AUGGAGUCAAUAUCCACUCACUCGACAGAGGCAGACUAUUUUCUGGCUGCAGUUUGUAUAUUCUGUGCAACUGUCGGCGUAGCAGGUAACCUAGUAGCACUGCGUUACUUCCACAACCACCGUAAAGAUCUGCCCACCAUCCUCUACAUCUUGAUCACCCUAGUUGACAUCCUGUCCUGCUCCACCUGCCUCCCCACUGCUAUCUCCUACCUCAACCACCGCCAGCCCAUGUGGUACGGUAACAGUAUCUUCUGUUACGGGUGGGGUAUCCUCUGGGCCAUCAUCCCCUUCAUGUCUGUGUUCCUGGUGGCGGUUCUCAGCAUCACCCGCACCAUUUCCCUCAUCUCCCCACUCAGACAGAUCAAAACUAAGAGGGUCGUGAUAUUUGUGUCGGUUUAUAUCGGUUAUUUAGUGCUGUGGUCCACUGUUCCCAUUAUAUUCAAGUACGGAUAUUUUGUGUACACCCCGGAGGACACGUACUGUUGGGAGAGUACAAGGUCGGGUUGGUACUCCAACUUGGAGAUAUUUAACGGGGCUGUGCUGCUUGCAUUCCCCAUAGUGCCCGUCAUCAUUAGCUGUUUCAUAUCAAGCUACUGUGUGCUGUCCUCGCUGAAAGUCUCCACUCUGAGCAGUGCAGUUCGUAACAUGAAGCUGGAAGCAACCAUCACUAUUAUCCUGAUAACGGUGACCUACAUUGUCCUCAACCUCCCUAUUUUCAUCAUCUGGGUUCUGUACAUCUACGAGAACUUCAACGUACGAGGUGACACGUUCUCCAAGUAUUACAGCUGGUCAGUCUGCUAUGUGAUCUGUGUGUCAAUGAACGCCACCCUCAACCCUUUUAUCUACAUCAGUAGGAUGGAGAAGUUCAGGGGAGCAGUGAAGAUCUUCUUCAAACGUGGAGGUAUAAAAAGGAACUCGUUGUAUGUCAGCACCGGGUCAAGAGGUUCCAUUUUGGCAAGGUACAAUACCCCAAAGGUACAAAAGAGUUUUUUAAAGGUUGUUAAUACGGUGGAGAUGGAUAUUAAAUCUGAAGAUAAUCUUCGGAGAAACAGCAGCUUUGUUUAGGUAAUAUGACAUUUUAUAAGACAUACUUGAAAAGCCCGAUGACUGAUCAAAGGAGCGGAGUUAGACAAACGUUUUUUAAAGACAGCAAUACAGAUAGGAUAACUUAAGUCAGUCGCAAGUAAACCAUAUAAAUAUAACAACACAUUGGUUAGUGCUAUAAGUUAUUUACAUAGUGGUCAGUGCUCACGAUGUAGGGGUAGAGAUGAUAUCAAAUAAGGGACGAUUUGAUUCACUUUUGGGAUUUUUGCUCCUUUGGCCAGGGCGAAAUCAUCAAUGGAUAAUCGUCUCCUCUACGGCCUACUACUUAAUAAUUUUCACGGGAGGUCAAUCAUACUCUAUAAUUGCAAUUAUGUCAUGCUAUAAGAGUGGUUGUAGAUUUAAUUGUUAUCCGUAUGUACGUUUCUUAUCUUAAUGUAAUACCCGUGGUCUUCGUUUAAUUUCUAACGUUUUAACUGUUCUAAAAUAUUUCUAGUUCGCUAGAUGACUGUAUAAUAUGUAAUAACGAUUUUAUUAUGUAUCU